CCCGCCGGGAGCCGGGAGCCGGGAAGCGGAGCGGCCCCGCACGGCCAUGGCCAUGGCGUGGCGAGCGGCCCCGCGGGCGGCGGCGCGGCUGCUGCUGGGGCGCCGGCGGAUCGCCUCCUGCAUCGACCCAUCCACUGGACUCACUGAGGAUCAGAAGGAAUUCCAAAAAGUUGCCCUUGAUUUUGCUGCCAAGGAGAUGGCUCCUUACAUGGCCGAGUGGGAUGAGAAGGAAAUAUUCCCUGUGGAAACAAUGCGGAAGGCAGCCCAGCUAGGAUUUGGUGGGAUCUAUGUGAAACCAGAUGUUGGUGGCUCUGGAUUGUCACGGCUUGACACCUCCAUCAUCUUUGAAGCUCUGUCAACAGGAUGUACCAGCACCACUGCUUACAUGAGCAUCCACAACAUGUGUGUUUGGAUGAUCGACACCUUUGGCAGUGAGGAGCAGCGGCACAGGUUCUGCCCAUCUCUCUGUAGCAUGGAAAAGUUUGCCUCUUACUGCCUGACUGAGCCAGGGAGAAUUUGCAGGCUCUGGACCUUCUGCUUCACUGGCUGCUUCCUUGCUUCUCAAACAGGGAGUGGCAGUGAUGCAGCUUCCCUGUUGACCUCAGCUCAGAGGAAAGGGGACACCUACGUCCUGAAUGGCUCCAAGGCCUUCAUCAGCGGGGGAGGUGACACGGAUGUGUACGUGGUCAUGUGUCGCACAGGGGGCCCAGGCCCCAAGGGCAUCUCCUGCCUCGUGCUGGAGAAGGGAAUGCCAGGGCUCAGCUUUGGCAAGAAGGAGAAGAAGGUAGGCUGGAAUUCCCAGCCGACUCGGGCUGUGAUCUUUGAGGACUGCGUUGUUCCUGUGGGCAACCGGCUGGGAGCUGAAGGGCAGGGAUUCAGCAUCGCCAUGCAGGGCCUCAACGGAGGCCGGAUAAACAUCGCUUCUUGUUCGUUAGGAGCUGCUCACGCCUCGGUUCUCCUGGCUCAGGAGCACCUCACUGUCCGCAAGCAGUUCGGGGAACCGCUCGCCAACAACCAGUACCUGCAGUUCAGGCUGGCAGAGAUGGCCACUCGGCUGGUGGCCGCGCGGCUCAUGGUGCGCAACGCGGCGCGGGCGCUGCAGGAGGGCCGGGAGGACGCGGCCGUGCUCUGCUCCAUGGCCAAGCUCUUCGCCACCGACGAGUGCUUCGGGAUCUGUAACCAGGCUCUGCAGAUGCACGGGGGCUAUGGCUACCUGAAGGAUUACGCGGUGCAGCAGUUCGUGCGAGACAUCAGAGUCCACCAGAUCCUGGAAGGUACCAACGAGGUGAUGAGGAUGAUUGUGGCCAGGAAUCUGCUACAGGGCUGAAGCCAGGAGCCUUAAAACCCCUCCAUCUGUUAGAGCUCGGCCUGUUUCCCUCCCCUGCUGGCCAGCUCUCUCCCUGGCAGUGGAGAGGGGGAUGCCCCCGUGGAAACAGCCUUCCCCACAGCUGGGUGGCACAGCUGCGUGCCGUGCCUGGCAGAGCUGCUGGCACCAGGCUGGCAUUGUGCAGCCCGAAAUCCCAGCUGUGAAUGCAAGCCUCUGUCUGCAAACCCUGCUCCUGGCCUGCUUGGAAAACGAAACACCAGAGCUGCUGCUCACCUCGGUGAGCCAGCACUGAAAUGGGAACCUGGGGCGGAGCUGAGCUCAUGGGAUCACUGAAAUCUUUAUUUUGAGGGAAUUAACUGCUCACAGCACCCCUGGGAACAGAUGAUCACAGGCUCUAACCAGAGCUUUUAAUCCCAGGAUGCCUUUCCUUUAGCUAGAAGCACUCCCUCUUUUCCCAGCACACUUUUCCUGAUGUCCCAGCCACUGCUUGUUCUCUGUAUUCCUGUCACAUCUUGGUGCUUAAUCUCAAAGAAGCCUUUGCAACACAAAAGUGCAAAUGAAACACUAAGGUUAUGUACAGAAAUCCUGAGUUCUGUGGCCUCCAAUCAGUGAGGCUGUGAACAAUGUAAGGGGAGUAAAAAUAUUGGUAAAUUAAAUUGUUUGGAAUCAAUAAAGCAAUGAUGGAAAUGUUA